AUGACUAGAAGACACGCUUCCGGACUCGAUCGGCCAUGGGCGAGCCAAAUGUAUGCCCAGCUGCCCGAGAAUACGGAUAGCCGCCCAAGCCCUGCUCCAGUUCCUACUCCAGCUCGGACAGCUCCGGUUCCAGUUCGCACCGAGACACCAAUCCGGCCUGAAGAUUACUCCAAGCCAUACUGCGAGUUCAUGACCUCAAAUCCGACCAUUUUCCACGCCGUCAAGUCUUUCUCCCAGGACCUUGAAGAUCAUGGCUACAAGCAACUCUCUGAACGUGCAGUCUGGACCUCGGAACUGAAGCGGGGCGGCAAGUUUUACUGCACCCGUAACGGCAGCUCCCUAAUUGCAUUUAAUAUCGGGAAGGAUUACCAGAGCGGCAACGGUAUAGCUGUCGUGGCAGGACACGUGGAUGCGCUUACCGCCAAGCUGAAGCCCGUGUCGAAGCUCCCGAACAAGGCAGGCUUCCGACAGCUUGCGGUUGCCCCGUAUGCCGGUGGCCUCGGAAAGACCUGGUGGGAUCGUGAUCUCGGUAUUGGCGGCCGUGUCAUCGUUCGUGACCCGCAAACUGGGAAGGCCGAGUCCAAGCUAGUUAAGCUGGACUGGCCGAUCGCACGCAUCCCGACCCUCGCCGAGCAUUUCGGGGCCCCUGCCGACGGCCCAUUCAACAAAGAGACUCAGAUGGUGCCAAUUAUUGGCAUAGACAAUUCCGAUCUAUUUGAGACGGCAGAAACUAAGGAGUCGACCGACAUUCCAGCCGGGACCUUCGCUGCGACCCAACCCGAGAAGUUGGUCAAGGUGAUCUCGAAGGAACUCGGUCUCACUGACUAUAGCUCCAUCCUUGAGUGGGAGCUGGAGCUCUUUGAUACUCAGCCUGCCCGGCUUGGAGGGUUAGAUAAAGACAUGAUUUUCGCUGGUCGCAUCGAUGACAAGCUAUGCUGUUAUGCCGCUCACGAAGCUCUUAUCGCUUCUACUGAUAGCACAUCGACUGGUACGGUUAAGAUGGUAGGCAUGUUUGACGACGAGGAAAUCGGUAGUUUGCUGCGCCAAGGAGCCCGGUCCAACUUCAUGAGCUCCAUCAUGGAGCGGAUUACAGAGGCAUUUGCUGAAGACAAGUACGGGCCCAAUCUCCUCUCGCAGACCAUUGCAAACAGCUUCUUGGUCUCGUCGGAUGUCAUCCAUGCCGUGAAUCCCAACUUCCUCGAUGUAUACCUGAAGAACCACUCCCCUCGACUCAACGUGGGUGUUACAAUUUCUGCUGAUUCUAACGGCCAUAUGACCACCGACAGUGUCAGCAGUAGCAUUCUGAAAGAAGUCGCUCGUCGUUGUGGAUCGACCCUGCAGGUCUUCCAGAUCCGGAAUGAUUCGCGCAGUGGUGGCACCAUCGGACCUAUGACUAGCGCUCGCAUUGGAAUGAGAGCUAUUGACUGCGGUAUUCCACAGCUCAGCAUGCACAGCAUUCGUGCAACCACAGGAAGCCUGGACCCUGGCCUUGGUGUCCAGCUGUUCAAGGGCUUUUUCGACUACUUUGAAGAAGUUGACAAGCAAUUUGCUGAUUUCUAG